GCGGUCCCAUGAGUGCUGGCUACCGUCGUCUGAAAUUGCUUUCGAGCCGGUCAGACUCUCAUCGACCAGGGAAGGGGAGCUGUACAUUGUCCCAUGAGUGCUUGCCAUUCGCGAGCGCACACGUUGAGCCGCCAAGUGGCUCACUACCAGGUAACCCAUUCAUGUGGCGGUUUCUUCAUUCGCCGGCAGAUUGAUUACCGUCUUUCUGAAUCAGACGUGCUGCAUCACAGAUCGGACUAUCCAGUGGACCGACCGAUUGUACGUGUGACAUGACACAAUUUUUAUGUUUAUUUUGCUUGCUGCUCUGCUUGAUUGGUUGAUUGAUUGAUUAAUCAAUCAGUCUUCCGUUCAUUUCGACCCAUUUUGGAUCUCUCCUCAUCGGCAGGCUCACGGAAUUGGUGGGCAGGAAUUUCGGUUCUUUAUCGAGUGUUUUGGGAAUCUUCGGGUUAAUUAAUUAGUCUGCGAUCUUCAGUGAAUGACCAAUUGGAUACGGGGGAAAGACUGUCCCUCGGGCAUCCGGUGGAGGGAGCAAAAAUUCAGAAUAGUUGGCAAUCCAUUUCCCUAGUCUCUGGUUUAGGUACAGAGGUUUAUAGCGGUUGGAAGAACGUCAUGAGCUUUAAGCUCUCAAAUGGUUUGCGCCMMGGAAUCCAAAGAUCGGUGUUUUGUAGCUGAGGCUGAAGAGGAACUGGAUUGUGAAGAGAGGCAAGCCAUCCUUCUGCACGAAGCCAUCAGGGCAGGCCAAUUGCUAAUCAUCCCCCUCUUCUCCCCCCCCCCCCCUUCCCCACUUGUCGCGUCGCAGACUCUUCUGCGGCUCUGCUCGACGACGGCGCUCUCACACCGAAACUCAGGAGGGGUAUUGGUUUGGGACAACAGUGAAACGGGUUUUUUAUGGUUUUGAGUUUUCGCGAGAGAGAGAGAGAGAGAGAGAGAGAGAGAGAGAGAGAGAGAGAGAGAGAGAGAGAGAGAGAGAGAGAGAGAGAGAGAUCCGGAGAGGUGGGGUGGCGGGGAGGCGGAGAUUGGUGCGGGUGCGAGAGGGGAGAAAGAUCGGGGGCUUCUGGGUUUGUGGAGGGGUGGCGAUUGUAGUGGGUGGGAGAAGGGAUUUAAUCUCGUAGAGGCAAGCUGGCUUCAGCAGGCAGGUCCCCCCCUAGAGUGGGGCGGUUUCAAAGGUUGCAAGCGUCGCCUGGGGAAUCGCCAGAUAGGGGCGGGAUGGCGGGGAUUCGGAUGAGCGAAGAAUUAGAAGGUAUAGAGAACCAGUUGAAGGAUUUGUUUAAGCAGUUAAGUUCCGGCUUCCAGAAGCUAGAAAAACUCAAGGACCAGGGUCGUCAGGCCCGUCAGCUUGAGGAAUUGACGGGCAAGUUGAGAGAAUGCAAACGCUUAAUUAUGGAGUUCGAUCGCGAGAUCAAGGCUCAAGAAGCGAGUAACCCCGAAUCCCUAACAAGGGAGCUCAACGACACGAAGCAAUCGAUGAUCAAAGAACUAAACGGGUAUGUAUCGUUGAAGAAAACCUAUGCUUCUACUUCGGGUGGAGGAAGGGCGGGGUUGGGGAUUGAUGGAGGAGGGGCUGGUGAGGAUGGGGGAGAGGCUUUCCAGAGGAAGGCGGCGAUGAUGAGCACGGAGGAGCUGAAAGAUCAUGGCCGCAAAGUUAUGGACAAUACCGAUCAAGCGAUCGAAUCCGCUCAGAAGAUUGUCCAUCAAACUGUGAACAUUGGCGCCCAAGUGGCAAUCACGACGAAAGGCCAGACGGAGCAGAUGAAGAGAGUGAUCAACGAGCUUGAUGACAUUCAUUUCAGCAUCAAGAGGGCUACGAAGCUGGUGAAAGAAAUCGGUCGGCAAGUUGCAACCGAUCGAUGCAUUAUGGCAUUUCUGGUCUUGAUCGUGUUGCCAGGCUUGCCAAGGGAGAAGGCCAAAAGAGUGACAACGAGAGUCCUGGGUCGGAAUUUCAGGGUGUAACCAUCAAUAUAAGCAGCCUGCUACAAACUUCAUGCCAUACACAAG